ACGCCGCGCGCUCGGAGGGAAAUAUUCGGAUGAUUAUAGCUCGCGGCAAACGGAAAGCCCAAAUUGGCCGUCUCUGCAAAAUACGAUAUCACACGACAAACCGUGCGCACGAUUUGGAAAGGAGGAAUUUGCCCUGCGGAAAGUAGUUCGCCAAUGAUUUUAAAGUACGAGUGCGGAAAUGUACCUUUGAGCGCGUCUCCGUAUGUUCGGGGGCGACACAUUACUACUUCGACAUUCAAGCGAAUGGUCGGGACGUGUGAACAGGUUGACUUUUCAUGUGAAUUGUGGCAAUUUAAAAGCUCUUUUUUCUAAAUGAGACGGAAGACAAAAGCUUUUACCUCCCGCUGCGUUGACCUUCCUUCGCUCUCUUUGACGGAAGACAAAGUCGCCUUUCUGAAGAAAGGGGAAGUAAGAUGCGUCACGCGUGUGCCGUCAAGAGUUUGGGGAAACUUUGGCUCGUUUACAACGACAGCGAGAAUUGGCAUUCGCUGAAGAAUCGUGACAACGAAACCGUUUGGACUUCAAGGAACAAGUCAACGACGGAGCAAUAAUCGACGUUUGGACUCAAACGCGUCCUGCGACAUGAUGUUUGGCCCGCAGAAACCGAGACCGGAUGAGCUGACCCCAUCGGAAGAUCGGGAGCUCGGAGGGAUCGGAGGAUCGGGAGCUCGGCGCUUUGACUUUGAACGGUCGAACUUGUCACCUCCGCGGGAAGCGGAAAUGGAGCCGAGAUUCAAACCCGGGAACUCUUGACUGUCAGGCGGGCGUGCGAGCCGCUAGGCGGUUCUCAAAGUGUGGCACGCGGGCUCCCUCUAGUGGGACGCGGACGAACCGCCGACCGAUAACGGUCCGACUGCGUAACGUUACACGUUCAAUAUACUUUUUAGGAAUACGACUUCCGCCUCGUUUUGGAUGAGCACUUCGGCCGACGACGCCGCAGAUGCGGACGGCGACGGACGUGAUUUGCUCGUCCGAAUCGGCCGUGACGAGCGAUCGGAGGACAGAAAGACGCCGACGUCACCGAGGGCCGGCCGGCUAUCAAAUCCCAGCCCGUCGCUAAUCUGCUUUCCGUCAACGUCGAGCUCGCGGGCGGAUUAGACUCGCGUGGCGAAAUGCGAUCGGUCGGCCGAGAGAAAUGCUACGAAAGGAAGCCUGUUGGGGAACAGUUCCUAAAAUGUCAAGGAAGAACUAUUCGCAUUAUAAUGAGCGUUUGAUCAUAAAAUCGACAUCCGUGCUCCAAUGCUGAGCCGCCUUCUACGCGCGUUUUGAUGCGUUUAUGGUGUACUCUGAUUUCUUCGGCAUAAGAGGACACUUCUACCGUUUAUGCAUUUGGGAGUGAACUCAUUUUACGAUUAUUCGCUUUACCGUAGACGACCGCUAUCAAACUCGCAGACCGGGGGCCAGAUCCGGCCCACCGCAUCAUUUUAUGCGGCCCGCGAAAGCAAAUCGACUUCUAUGAUUCUUGCUCCAAUCCGUACCGAAAUGUCAAACCGUCGUACGUGAUAAAUAAGAACAUCGAGAGUCGAUCUGUCGCGACCGAAAUCUUCGGUAACGAUAUUUCGCCAAAUGAUUCUCCUCGAAGGCUUCUGCAUUUGAAACUCGUGAUGCGCCGGCGAGUUUGCGUGUGGAUAUAAUACGAUGAGGUGAUUUCAUGUUUCGCAACGGCCCCGUGAGGGAAAGCGUCACGCAACAAAAGUGAGUUCGACACAAAAAGAUGGUUUGUUUCCAAUGAGAAUUUGAACGGUUGCCUUGGCAAAUCCAAGCGCGGAGGCGGGCCCUCUUUCCGAAUUGGCCCGCCCACUCGCACGCCACUUGACGGCGCUCGAGCCGCGGUUGCCAUGACAACUCCUCUGCAAGCCGGACGAGGAGAGCUCGAGGCCUGCGCCCGCUUUUGGCUUCGGGGGUCCCGGAAGUGUGUUCUCUGCAGGCGCCGGCAGCAAUGGAGGCGCCGGAGAGGAGCGAGAAGGGAGGCAAGCUCGCCGCGGAGACGAGAGCCUCCGAGGAAGCGCUCGCCUUCUUGGCCGGCGUCGGUGGGUCGCCUUCGCCAUUUGGGGCCUUUUCUUGCGUCGCGACAUUCGCGUCCACCGAAUUCUCCACGCGGGCGGGCGGGCGGGCGGGCGAGCGGCUGUUUUUGGCACCCGUCGAAGAGUUAUAAUAUAUUUCCGGAGGCGGAAGUGGUGACGUCAGCGUUGUGCGGGCUCCCCCGCGAUCCGCGAUCCACGAUCCCAAAACAAGCGAAGCGAAAGCAAUUCCGAAAUCGCCUUUCAGCUGCGCGACAGCUUAUCUUUUUUCAAAAUAGCUUUUUGGGCUUUUCCUUGGAGUUGUUCAAAGAGCCCGAGGAGCUGCCGAAGUGCGCGUUCGCCGACUCUCUGACGACGGCGUCGGAAGGCGGCCGAGACUUGGGGAGCUUCCGCGUGUCGGUGGAGUUCGCCCGCAGAGACGGUCGGCCGUGUUUGCUGCUCCGCGCGCGCGGCCGGGGCGCCGUCGACGACUCCCCGUGCGGAACGACGCUGACAGUCUACCUGACCGCCGACCUCGAGGUGCUGGAGGAAGAGCGCCACGAGUACAUCAAGCUCGACGGCCGCAUUUUGGACAAGCGCUGUCACAUGGUGCGACGGGACGGACAGAUGAGCGUCGAUCAAGUUAGCGGUGUCGGAAAGGAGGUGACGAGGGACAGCGUCCGGCAUCCCGCGGCCGCCCUCCGAGGGCUCGUAACCGAGGGCUCCAACUUCCUGCUCAUGCGCCUGAUGGCUCUGAGGAAGAAAGUGCCGGAACACGUGACCUUCCUCUCCUUUGACGACAAAUUGCGCAUCAGCCGCACCGCCUUUCGAGAGCUGGAGCAGAAGCAGAUGGAGAUUAACGGGAAAACUGUGGACCUGUUCGGCGUGGAGAGGAUUCUUCAUUCCGUGGAUGAAAGCCCGACGACGUGGCACUGCUACUUUUUGCCCGACGGGCAUCUUGCGAGCAGAUCGCAGGUGGGCUCUCCGGUCACGAUGAGGUUACUGCAGCUGCCGUCGCAGAACGAAGAAGCUUAUGAGAAAAUCCCCUUGGUUUGGGAAGAAGACAUACAGAUGCGCUCCAAGUUCUUGGAUAGAAAGGAGGAGCUGAAGGCUGACCACGCGUCCUACCUGAAGGCUCACCCGGAGAUCCGUGCGCUCAUUUCGGACUUCCUGCAAUUCCUGCUGCUCAAGAAACCCGAUGAUGUCUUCCAGUUUGCUCGGGAAUAUUUCCUCCCCUUCACCUCGGACGGCGGCCCGGACUCGUCCAAAUCUGCUCUGCUCGCUGAGUGACAUGGAAUUAGGAUAGGAUCCAAAUAAAGCCAGUUUCUCACAUA